ACGUGCGAAAUCCGUCCCAUCGAAGUCGAUGCUCCGUUCGCGAAGACAGCAACGAUCGCGCUAGCGAUAUCUCCCGCGAACACAGUCCCCGAAAAAGAUCUGAGUCUGAUGCUGCAUCAUCAUUUCCGGAAACCGAGACUGCUGAGUGUUGGGGACGUCAUUGCGAUCUCGAAACAGAAUUUCCAAAGUAGCCGGACGCGGAUCGACAAGUCGCACAGUGAUAAACCACCAGUCUAUAUCGUCGUUCAGGCUCUAACCGACAACGAUCACGAAUCGUUGUGGGUACAGAAAGGCGAGACAAGCCUCGUGCUGAACAAGGAGGUUCCCAGCAGGAUCCCCACACUCGCGAAAACGCCCCCAUUCCAUCCGAUUUUCAACACUGGCGAAUCAAUCUUCCGCAAAAUACAGGGAAUGGCGAGAUUCAUUGAAAAGUCCAUCGAUGGACGCGAGUCACGGAGGAACGAUCUGCUCUUCCUCAUCUCGGGUCCGAGUAAGUCCGGGAAAACUCUCGCGGUUCGAACCAUCGCCCACGGUUUGGGUCUUCAACUGCGAACGAUCAACGGCGAUGACCUCACCGGGGACACCGCGUCGACGGCUGAGAAGCGGAUCAAGAACUGUCUCGAAGAGACAAACUCCUACGGGAGCUGUGUUCUUCAUCUGAAGAAAGUGGAUUUGAUUUUCGACCAUAUCCAGGACAAGCAGGACUCGAGACUGAGUCACAGCUUUGCGAAAACUUUGAGACAGCUCGUCUUCAACGAAGCCAACGGGAAGAAACCGAUCGUCGUCAUCAUGACCACCUCGAAUGUCACCCGUAUCCCGAGCGAAGUCACGGCUGCGAUACUUUCCCGAGUCGAGAUGAAGAAUAUCAGCAAAGAGGAAACGAUCGAUGUUUUGAAAACCCUACUCUCUGAGAGUCCGUGCAGCUCUCUUUUCGAUUGGAAGGCAGUCGCGAGCAUGAUGGGUGGCUCUCUUCUCGGUAACCUGGUCGAUUUCGCUAGCUCAACGCAGCUCUGCAUGACCAAGAGAUUGGAAGAGAUCGGUUCUUCGGAGGAAGCUGAGCUCUGCGGUCCUCUCCUCUCGAUGGAGGAUGCGAUGAAUGCUCUGAAAAGGAUCCAGAUGGAAAGCAGCAAGAACGUGGGCGCCCCUCAAAUCCCCUCGGUGAAAUGGUCGGACAUCGGAGGCUUGGAGGAAGCGAAGAAGAAUAUUCUCGACACCGUGCAGUCGCCGUUGAGGCAUUUCCGGAUCGCUCAUUCUUCCUUAUCGCGCUCGGGUGUUCUACUGUAUGGUCCUCCGGGCACGGGGAAAACAUUGUUGGCGAAGGCCGUUGCGACCGAAUGCUCGAUGAAUUUCCUCAGCGUGAAAGGACCCGAACUCAUCAACAUGUACGUGGGUCAAAGCGAGGAAAACGUGCGCAGAGUAUUCGAGAAGGCCCGUUCGGUCGAGCCUUGCAUAAUAUUUUUCGAUGAGCUCGAUUCCUUAGCUCCGCGCAGAGGAGGAAGCGCAGACUCGGGUGGAGUACUCGACCGGGUCGUGUCUCAGCUUUUGGCAGAAAUGGACGGCAUGGCGAAGUCGGAACAAGUUUUCGUCAUCGGCGCAACCAAUCGUCCCGACCUCCUGGAUCCAGCCGUUUUACGUCCGGGCCGUUUAGAUCGGCUGAUCUACGUUGACAUUCCUGAGGAACCCGAAGUGAAACUGAAAGUUCUGAAAGCACUCACUCGGAAGAUGCAACUCGACAGCGUGGACUUGGAGGCCGUCAGUGUACGGUGCCCGAAAACGUUCACCGGUGCCGAUCUGUAUUCGCUCUGCGCAACCGCAUACACAUCAGCGAUGGCUCGUUGUAUCGAAGCGAACGAGUCCGUCGUUGUCGUGACGGAUGAGGAUUUUCGGGCAGCUCUCGUGGAGACGAAGCCGUCUGUCGGUGAUGACGAACUUGCUCAUUAUAGAAAUCUCCGGAAACAGUUCGGAAGCUGAGAGAUUUGUCCGCCCUCUACACGGAUCAGUCCCCGCAAUGCGGAAUCCGGAGCUCCUGCUGUACAUUUGACACCCAAUAUUAACAUGUUAUACAUAUUAAUAUAUUUCAACCAGGGAUCUUA